AUGGCCAUAAUCCGUCUAUCGUUACUCUUGCAAGUAGGAUUUGUUAUAGGUUCAAAUUAUAGAUAUGUGGAAUGGUCGGAACACAAAAGGGACAUCGACAUUAGGCAGCCCAUCUACAGCACUCAAAACAACAAACAGUCACAUCUCCGGAAGCCUCAUUCUUUGAGAACCUCGACAGAUCGCCCGAUCUUAGUCGGGAACAUUGAGGAGCAGCUACCGAGGGUCGUCACAGCGUUUCUUCACACAGGGAAUUCCUCAACCUUAAAACAUGCCAACUGCUCUCGGAGAUAUGAGCUCAGCGUUUUGCGGGGCAGGGUGCACGCAACCACGCAUCUUUCCAUGCACAGCGUGCUAGACACGCUAAUGCAUGCAACAAACUUCCUCAACAUGUUACAAACCAACAGGUCAAGAGAACGGAGUCUGCGACAAGACAUUGAGUGGUACCACGCGCUCGUCAGGAGCAUAUUGGAGGGGGACGCAAAGAUCCACCGAGCAGUCGUUACAUUCAGCACAGAAUCCUCUGUCGCCGGGCCGCACGUCUUCCUGCAAGCUACACGGGCUGGAGAAGAGAUAGUUCUACAGGAUUUGUCCAGCACGGCCCAUCAUAUAUUGAGAAAUAAGACAGUGGAGACAGAAUGGUACCAUGAUUUAAAAAGUAAGAAGAAGCUCAACUUGGAGAAGCGAGUGCUCAGCCAAGAUAUCACAUCCCAUGACGCCUUUCUACGAAAUGGCGAGAGUUAUGUUACAGAUAAAACUCACAUUAAGUGGUCAGAGCCCUAUCUGGAAUGUGAGAACGGAAAUUUCAUCCCGCGGUGGCUCUUGACCCUAUCUGCUGGGUUCUAUGGCCACAAAACCAGCUCGGACCCUGACUUCAGGGGUGUGGUUCGAGUGGAUGUCAACCUUCAGGAUGUGGAUAUUGAUCAAUGUUCCACUGAUGGCUGGUUUGCAGGGACCCAUACUUGCAACUUGACCAGUACGGAGUGUUUGCCUAUCCCAGGUCAUGGCUUUGUGUUGGGCAAAUACAAAUGCCACUGCAAAAGAGGCUUCUACCACCCAAACAGAGUGGCCAUCAAUGGCUUUAAAAGAAAGAUCGGACAAGGAAAGAUUGUUUACGGACAGCCAUACGGUAAAGAUGAGCUGGAAGGCUCCAGUCACUGUCUCCCCUGCCAGGAGGGUUGCACCUUCUGCAAAGACAACACACCCUGCAUCGCCCAUGGCGACGGGUACCUACGUAUGACGGUGCUGUCCUUCCAGGGCCUGUGCAUGCUGGUGGACUUCAUCAGCAUGGUGCUGAUCUAUCACUUCCGCAGGAACAAGAGUAUCAGAGCAUCUGGAUUGGUACUGUUGGAGGCCAUCUUGUGUGGAGCACUGCUUCUCUACUUCCCUGUGGUCAUCCUGUACUUCCAGCCAAGUGUGUUCCGCUGUAUCCUGUUGAGAUGGGUCCGUCUGCUUGGCUUUGCCACGGUCUACGGAACAGUCACGCUUAAACUGUACAGGGUUCUGAAGGUGUUCCUGUCUCGUACCGCCCAGAGGAUCCCUUACAUGACAAGUUGGAAGGUUCUGCGCCUGCUGGGCAUCAUCCUUCUCAUUGUCUGUUGGUUCUUAGUGGCCUGGACUGCAGCCGUUUGCCAGAAUCUGAACAAACAUUUGGCUCUCAUCAGUGUGGGUUUCACCCCUGAGGGCCUGCAGUUCAGCAUGUGUCUGCUGGACCGAUGGGACUAUAUGAUGGCCGUGGCUGAGUUCCUCUUCCUGCUGUGGAGCGUUUAUCUUUGUUAUGGUGUGAGGACAGUGCCCUCAGCCUUCCAUGAGCCACGUUACAUGGCAAUUGCAGUCCACAAUGAGCUCAUCCUCUCUGCCAUAUUCCAUGUCAUUAGGUUUACUCUGGCCCAUGAGCUUCACCCUGACUGGAUGCUUAUGCUUUUCUUCGCUCACACACACUUGACAGUGACUGUCACUCUUGGACUGUUGCUUGUUCCAAAGUUCUUGUUUGCGGGGACCCAUAUGAGAGAUGACAUUGCCACUGAGGCCUAUGAAGAUGAACUGGACAUGGGACGAUCCGGAUCCUACCUGAACAGCAGCAUCACCUCAGCCUGGAGUGAACACAGUCUUGACCCAGAGGACAUACGGACACCAGAGGAAAUGGGCCAGCUCAGUUCUAUUAAUGGCUGUGGCGUAAGGUCUUGCGACAGUCUUUGGGAAAAACGUACCAACGAGGAGCUGAAGAAGCUUUACUCCCAGCUUGAGAUCUAUAAAAGGAAGAAGAUGCUGGCCAACAACCCUCACUUACAGAAGAAACGCAGCUCCAAAAAGGGCCUUGGCCGUUCCCUCAUGAGACGCAUCACUGAGAUCCCAGAGACCAUGGGCCGUCAGUGCAGCCGUGAGGACAAAGAUCAGACUGAACAUGGUAGUAACCGUAACAGCAUCUGUGGCCUCAGAAAGAACCCCUUUGACCCAACACAUUCCACAAAACCAGCCAAGGAGGAGUCUCUGAAGAGCAAAGUCUUUUCUCUGAAGAAGUCACAUAGCAGCUACGACCAUGUACGUGACCAGAGUGAGGACUCCAGCAGCUCAGCAACAGACAAAAUGGAGGUUGCCAAUGCUGAGGGAUCACUUCUUGAUACCCUGAUGGGUAAGAAACUGGUUAAGAAGAAGUCCUCAGAGAAGAUUGACACUGCUAGCGAGUCAACAGAAUCUGUUCCUUUGGUCUGCAAGUCAGCCAGUGCUCACAACCUGACUGCUGACAAGAAACCCAUCCAUCCAAGAACCUCCAUGCUGCAGAAAUCUCUCAGUGUAAUUGCAAGUGCUAAAGAAAAAACAUUGGGCCUCACAGGAAAGAAUCAGAAUGCAGAGGACUCUGGAAGGAAGGGCAAUCAAAAGAGCAAAGAAGCUAAGACACCAGUUGAGACAGAUGAUAAGGAGGGAUAUCCAAAGAUGAUUGUUAGCCAGUCAGUAGAGUACAAGCAGACGGCUGCCAAGACUGGGAUAAUGAAACACCAGGUGAGUGGGAGCCAACCCUCUAUCUGCUCUGAGACGGGGAAGAACAAGGACCUGUACAACCUAUCAGAGGUAUGCCCCUGGGAGGUAGAGGAUCUGCCCACUCCCUCGGAAAACAAAGUUCAGAAGCAUGUAUCCAUUGCUCCAGAAGAAACCACUACGGUCUGUGGUAGCAACAGCAAAGGGACAAAACCACAGAAGCAAAAAGGGAUAGAUCAGUCGCUCUCUGUGAGUCAACGUCCAAAUCAGAAGCCAGUUGACAGAGCUGACAUAUGUCCCUGGGAGGAGGGAAAUGGGAGCAGCAGUCAGACAGAAGGAUCAAAGUCCCAGGCAACUAGUCAACCUGCGCAGUCUCAGCCAUCUGGAGAAAAUGCCAAAGCCCAGAAGGCUGAGGUCUGCCCAUGGGAUUAUGAGGAGGUGCCAACCAAAUCAGGAGACUCUACUCACUCCCCUGACAAAGGCAAGACAAAGAAAGGCACUACUAAACUUGACCUGAAAGGGAAGGGGAGUACACCUACCGAGAGCAAAGCAAAAAGUGUAGUCUCAGAGUCCUCCAAACCUGCAGGCAGUUCACCACAACCACCCAUCGCAAAGGCAGACAUCUGUCCCUGGGAUUAUGAAGCUCUCACAACAUCCCCUACUACUGAAAAGACACACAGUCCUACUCAGGUCACCAAAAUAAAGGAGUCCUCUUUAGUGAAGAAGGGUACUCCUUCUUCAAGAACAUUAGACAAAGCAAAAGAAAAAGUAAAUGAUACAGAUGAGGAGAAAGGAAAAACAAAGGCCAAGGACAAACUUCUCCAAGGAAAACCAACAGAAAAACCCGUCAGUCAAACCAAAUUGGCUGAGGUUUGUCCUUGGGACGUGGACAGCAGUCAGGAGAUGGUAAAAGUUGAAAAUCAGAGAGGUGCCAAUCUGGUGACAGCAAAAAGCAAGCAAGCUGAUGUGUGUCCAUGGGAUUUUGAGGAUUCGGGGUCUUGCAAAGAAAUGGAUAGAAGUAAAGGUUCCUCUACAAGCAAACAGAGAAGUCCCGUUUCCAAAGUAGGAGCCUCUGGUAAUAUCAAAAUGGCAGAUGUUUGCCCAUGGGACUUUGAGGACCAAACAUCAGGGAAAAAGGCAUGA